ACGGACGUCGCGUUUGUGUGUCGUGUUCGCAGUUGUUUUGGGCUCCCUCAACAAAAAGAAAAGUACAAAAAAGUGAAGAAAGAUUGUUCGUAUCUCGGAGUGGAGCACAAAGUUUGUGCUUAGUGUGUUUGAUAGUGUGAGCGUUGUUGUUGUCCGUGUAAAGGACUAAACUGUCACAGUGUUCGUGUCUUUUAUCUUCGCUGUGCAACAUAACAAUAAAGCAUCAGCUAAGAAAAUUCAACAAACAAAUUGGCGAAAAUUAAAAGCCGCUCCCAUUGAAAGCUGCUACAUGCUUUGCUAGCUAACGCUUGAGUAUGGCAACGGAAACCUUUUUGGAUCUGGCUUAUGAGCGUGCCAAAUCGACGAAACGUCCCCUGAGACCGAAGCUGCUUAAGCUAACGGAUGUUGCCACCCCGCAUCGCAGUCGCAAGAAAACGAAAGUGAAGUCCAAGGACCGCUCGACAACGGUGCGUGACCGCAUCUAUGAUGAUCCCGCCUACACCGAGGACAUCAGUCACCUGGCCAACCCCUUGCGACGCAGCAGCAUCUCGGGGAAAUCGUCGUCGCAGCUCACAGGUGCGGAGCCAAUGCCCAGCAGCAGUUCUCUGGGCAAACGCAGUCAGUUGACCAAAGACUUUCUUAAAUAUGCCGUCAAUAAACCGCUCAAAACGAGCAACAAUAGCAGCAGCAAUGCAGCUGCAAUUAAUGUGGACUAUGACUUUGAGUCGAGCAGCUCGGACAAUGAGCCGCCGGAGCCGUUGAAGGAGGCGAGCAUCACGCGUCGCGUGCUGAGCCUGGAGCGAAGUUUGGCUGCGGCGUGUGAGAAGAACGAGAAGAAGUCGUUGUCGGCACAGAAACGCAGCUCGAAACAGAAACGCAAUCUGAGUUUGGACAACAGCCGCAAGGCUGCACAAUCGCAACAACAACAAUCCACCGAGUCUUCUGCUCGCAGUCGCAAGGAAUUGUCGCGCAGCAAUCGCAGCAGUAAGCAACAACAACAACAACAAUAUCUGGAGGCAACCGAACAGGAUGAUGAUAGAUAUUCGUUGCGCAGCUCGGCGCAGAAUUCGGCAGCCACAAUGCCCGUGGAGACGGCAGCCAAGCUGCCAAUUGGACGGCGAUUUCUGCGUGGCGAAAUUGGUAUCAAAAGCUUUAACUAUUAUCUGUUGAAAGAGGGCUUAAAGAGCUCCAAGAAGCUGGACAAACAGCGCAGUGCAGGCGACGCAUCGCAGACAACGAGCAACAAAGGCAGCGGCAGCCACAGCAACAGCAGCAGCAAUGUGAAGCAGUUGCAUACGCGAAGCGAGGAGAAUAUUUAUGAGGAGAUAUUCUUUAAGGAGACAGCAGCCAGUAGCAAGCAGGACAACAAUAGUCUGUCAGAGCAACAACAACUAACAGCAGCAGUUGCUGCGGUGCAAUCUGAUGAGGAGCAACAUCACCACCAACAACAACAACAACAUCAACAGCAGCAACAAUGCUUAAGCGAUGCCUCUGCUGGUGGCGUCUAUGCGGAUUGUGAGCUGUGCAUGCAGCAAUGCAGCAAAGAGAAUUGCAAGUAUUGUUUGCCCGCAAACGUAGCCCAGCAGCAGCAGCAACAACAACAGCAACAACUGACAGAAAAUGUGCAGCACGUGGAGCAAACGAGCGCCGCAGCAGCAGCAGCAUCAGCAGGUGGUUUACCUGCUGCGCACAUACUCGAGUUUCAAUCGUACAAUCCCAACAAUCCGGGUGUCUAUAAAAUUGAAACAACACCCGUGGCCAUCACUGGUGAAUACAAUCCCAUAUUGCAAUUCCAGCAAUCGUCGGCGACAACUUCCACCUCGGCCACGACCACGCCCAGCGAGCAGCAGCUGCACCACCAACUACAACAGCAACAUCACCACCAGCAACAGCAACAACAACAGCAGCAGCAGCAACAGCUUUACAACAGCUUCUAUCAGCAGCAGGCGCCGCACAAGACUUAUGGUCAGCAUUAUGCGGUGGGUGGCAGCCUGUUGCUAGCGCAGCUGCCACCACGACGACAACAACAACAGCAGCAACAGCAGCAACAUCAUAGCCAACAACAGCAACCGGGUUACAUUGUGAGCUAUCAGAAUGGCUCGGGCAGCGCUUCAGUGCAUCGCCUGAAUACAAAAUCAUCCUCGUCCAGCGAUUCGCUGCCCUAUCACAAAUACAACACAAUGGCUCGCCUCGAGGCGAAUGUUUAUGCUGCUCCCGGCACUGGAGAUCUUUACUAUGCCAUUGGUGCUCAGCCGUUGCAUCCGCUGAUGUAUGCCGCCAGUCGUCCGAUUGGUGGCUCUCAGAUACUCGUGGAUCAAUUCGAAUCUCCGCAGAUGUAUAAAAGCGAUUCACGUGCUUCGAUACUGAGUGAAUUUUCGCUGAGAAGCAGCGAUAAUUCGCAGCGUUAUACGCAUCGCUAUCCGCAUCGCUCGAGUUUGUUUUCGACCCACGGCAAUGCGCAUCAGCGACGCUACUUUGGCAGCACUGAGAGCUGUCGCAUUGGCUAUGAUUGUCGUCGUUGCAGUUUGGAUGGCGGAGUGAUGGCUGCUGCCACUGCUGGCAUGGGCGUGGCCAAUGGUUUGCCUGGGGAGAAGUGCAGCUACUCGGACAAUUGUCGCAACUAUGAGUGUCGCAAUUGUGAUUGCUCUUCGAGCUAUUUUAGCUCUGACUUUGAUGACAUCUAUGGAUCAAUGGCACGUGGCGGCAGCAGCGGAAUUCCACGCAAAACAGCAGCUGGCACUUUGCCAUCGAGUGGACCCGCUGAGCCAGCGGAUUACGAGCAGGCUUCGGCUCCUUUACUACCACAGCCAGCGCCACAAAUGGAUCUGAAGCAGAACAAGUAUGCGAUGGACUUUUUCAAGCAUGUGAACGAUGUGAAGCGCAGCAUUUAUCAAUCGGAGAUGCAGCGCAACAACAGCUUGGAAUCAACGCGUCGCAUCAAUCGCACGGGCAACAGCAACAGCUAUAACACCAACAGCAACAAUCCCAAGGCAAGUCCCAAGCGUUCGGUAUCGCAGCCGCAGGAGUCAACCCUGGUGGUAACAACGUUGCCGCUGAGCAAAGGACGUAGCUCGACGGCAACUGCAACAGCAACAACCCUAAAGCCAACGCCAGCGCCACGCACAAGUCUGCAACAACAGCAACCACAAACGGCAGCUGAAGAUGCCACGCCCACGCCCAGCAAGCGCCAGCCGCAGCCCACCGAGCGGCGAGAGUAUCCAUCGCUAGAUCGUCUCGUGGCUUCCACCACAGGAGCAAUACCCAAGCGUCAAAGUCGCGCCGAAGAUGAGCCCAAGAGCAACAGCAGUAAAAGCAAGUCCAAGCACAAGGAAGAGCGUCGCGAACGCAGUGCGCCAGCCACAGCUGCAGCAUCGACUACAGCAGCAACCGGAGCAGCAACAGCAGCAACCAACGAGACAGCAACAGCAACUGGCACAGCUGGCAAGCGACAUCAUCGCUCGAACAGUGGCAAAUCGCAUGGCAACUCGAGCAAUCCGUUGCCAAAUCAACGACGCAAGGACAUUCCAGCGCCGCCGCCGCCAUCGCCGGCCACCUACUCGGAUCUGCAGGAGCUGAAGGCCAACAUGGAGGGACUGCAGGACGACACCAAAUCGCAGUCGCGUUCACUCGAAAGCGAGACGAGCGAAACGCCCACAACGACAACGCUGGCUGCCAAGUUGCAGCCGCCUGCACUUCCUGCAACGCUGCCAGAACCAACAACAGCAACAACAGCAGCAGUAGCAACUGCAUUAGCUGCAACGCCGGAAAUGCCAGUCAAGUGCAGUGCAACAAUGGCGCCCAAAAGUGCAACGGAAGCGGAAGACGACGACGUGUUCUACGAUGCGCGCAGCGAGGACUCGGCUGGCGCUCAAAGUGUCGUCUCCACAACAGCAACAGUAGCAGCUACAGCAGCAACAGUAACAGCCACAGCUACAGUAACAACUGAAGCCAUUAGUCAGCCAAGACAACAGAGCAAGGUAUGCAUGACACUGUAAUUAGCUAAUCGUCGAUAACCUUUGACCUUAACCUGGCAGCUUUGGCUGCCUGUCAGCUUGCUGUCGGCUUUGGGCGGCUUUUACAUACCCUUCGCAAAAAAGGAAUUACGAGUUUGUUGCCACAGCUGCUGUGGUAAGCCUUCAAAGAGUAUUUGUGUUAGCCAUCAAGUUGCUCAGUCCAACAGUUCGUAUAUUUUCUGAUAAACUUUACUAUAUAUAAAAUAUAG